GACGCGAUGCGGACGCGCCCCUCCUGCACGACUCUCGGGAAUCUUGGGAGAAAAAAAAAGCGUCGACAUGGUGAAACGGUUUCACACCAAAAAGAGAAGUCGACGAAUCCAAGAAAUGCAACGCUACUUAUCGUUGCUAUUGGAUUACUGUGGACAAUGCGAGCCUGCGAUGCUCUCACUGCACCCGGCUCUUCAUCCCAGCCGCAGCCGCAACAACAACAGCAACAGCAGCAGCUCAAGUAUAGCUCUCGUCAGGUCAGGACUCGUUAUGGAACACUACGCGGCAUUGUUGCCCGCUCCAUGUCCGUGGAAGGUGUUGAAGCUUACCUCGGUGUACCAUAUGCUACGCCACCAUUGGGCGCACUUCGUUACAUGCCACCCGUCACGCCAACUCAAUGGAGAGGCACCAAACUCGCGGAUACCUUACCUCCCGCGUGUCCACAAAAAAUACCUGGUUUGGAGCCAAAUCUGCCACGUCGUCGACGUGCUUAUAUCGAUAAUAUUAUUCCUUUACUCACUAAUCAAAGCGAGGACUGCCUGUACCUCAAUCUAUACGUACCUCGACCACAACACGGCAGUAGCACAGAAUUGCUGCCAACUUUACUUCUUAUUCAUGGGGAUUCUUACUCUUGGGGAGCGGGUAAUCCUUUGGAUGGCACUGCCUUGGCCGCUCAUGGUCGCAUCAUCGUAGUAUCAAUUAACUUUCGUCUGGGUGUCUUGGGUUUCCUCAAAACUGGUACAAAAAGUAGUGCUCAAGGUAAUUAUGGUCUUAUGGAUCUUGUUGCGGGUCUUCAUUGGCUACGUGAAAAUGUGGAAGCAUUUGGUGGCGAUCCUGAACGUUUAAGUAUUCUUGGGCUAGGAACUGGAGCAGCAUUAGCUAAUUUUCUAGCAGUUUCGCCAAUGGCUAAAGAACUUGUUGAGAGAGUUAUACUAUUAGGCGGUUCUGCAUUAUCGCCAUGGGCAAUACAACGUGAUCCUAUCACAAUUAAACGUCGAGUUGCUGAACAAACUGGGUGUCUUGGGGAUGUUGAAACUGAUGACAUUGCAAUAUGUUUACGCUUGAGAAGUAUUGAUGAAUUACUUAAUGUUAAUCUUGAGACUCCAAGAUUUACUUCUGGAUUUGCUCCUUUUAUGGAUGGUACUGUGUUACCAUUGGGUUCUCAGGUAACACAACCUACUGCUUCAUCGGCGGGUAUUUUGCCAUUGGUGCCGGGACCCGGGAGUGAAUUUGCUGCUUUAGGAAAUCGAGAUCUUCUUAUGGGAUUAACAUCAUGUGAAGCAUGGUUGGAUUUAAGUGAAGAUGAUUUAAAAAAUGGUAUUAAUGCAACUAGAAGAGACCGGAUAUUAAGAACAUACGUUCGAAAUACUUAUCGGUAUCAUCUUCAUGAAAUUUAUUCGACAUUGAAAAAUGAAUAUACUGAUUGGGAAAAAGAUGAACAAAGCCCUAAUGCAAUUCGAGAAAGUUUAUUAUCUUUAUUGGGGGAUGGGCAAGUUGCUGCUCCACUUCUUAGAUUAGCAUUAUUACAUUCGGCGUCUGGAGGACGAGGUUACCUUUUUCACUUUCAACCUGGUGAUCAUCCCAGCCAACGAGGGGAUGAGCUUCCAUUUCUUUUGGGUAUACCACUGCUUAGGAAUGAGCCAAGCCGUUGGCUAUACUCUGUUAACUAUACUAUUGAAGAUGAAAGUAUUUCACGCAUGCUAGUGCGAUACAUUGCAAAUUUUGUACGUCGAGGAGAUCCUAAUGAAGGGAAUCCGAAUAAUGAAAAAUUCAUGAAAAAUUCACCUUUUUGGGAUUCAUAUGACUCGAUAAAUCAGCUCUAUCUAGAAGUUAGCAAAUUAACUGAAAUGCAUUCUCACUACCGUGGUCAUAAGAUGUCAUUGUGGCUAAAUCUUUUACCGCAGUUGCAUCGUCCAGGUUACGAGAUCAGUAUGCGUCAUCAUCAUCUGGCAGAGAGCCCAAGUCUUUACGAGGGUGCAGUACGGCCUCAAACAAUGGCUUUACCGCUUCCACCACCGCCACUUUCCGUACCUAUGCCCACAGAAGCUUCUAUAUCUUCAAAGCCUAUUGAAAGUACAGAAUGUACUCCCAACAUUUCAGUUGUGCCUAUGAGCACAAUUAUUCCCACUCGUUCUACUCAACAACCAUUACCUAAAUUAUCCCCAGGGCCUAACAAUCUUUUGCGUAAAUUUGCAUCAAAUCAUUAUCAGAGUUAUACAACAGCCUUAACUGUAACAAUAGCUGUUGGUAUAUUUCUGUUAUUACUGAAUAUUCUUAUUUUUGCUGGAAUUUAUCAUCAGCGCGAUCGCAAUGCUGCGGCUGCUGCAGCAGCCUCUAUAAACCCAUCAUUAUCAUUGGGUUUUGUUGAACAUAAAAAAAAGGAACGACUGCUUGAAGCUGGAUGUUCCGGAGUGGAGUCAAUAAGUGCCAGUGGAAAACUAUCAAGACUGUCUUCUUUUGUUCUAAAUGACUCAUCUAUUUCAUCAAGUCCUUCAAUUCACAAACAUAAACUUGCACAAGAACUCGAAUUACAAUUACAAGAGUUUCAAUGCUCACCACCACCCGGUGGAGGUAAACGGAUGUCUCUAGAUCCACCGUCCUACGCUAUAUGUAAAAGUCCGGGCGUUAAUCGCAGUCGAACACCUUCACCGUGUGUUGAUGUUGCAGCACAAAAUAAUCAGUUGGAACCUCAUGAUCGAGGUAUAGCUGAUGAUGACGAUGAUGACGAAUUCUUGCCUGAUCCACCUCCACCGCCAAAAGUACCUGCACCCAAUGUUUGUUCAGGAAUUCUAAGACAACCCGGAACACCGGGUAGUGCUAAGAAGCGUGUGCAAAUUCAAGAAAUUUCAGUGUAAUUAAAUAAAACAUUUAUAAACAUAAUGGAUUUGAUGAAAUUUCCCAUCUCAGGGUAGAGAUAUAAAUGAUUGAAUGCUAUUUGCGUUCAAUGUUAAUGCCGUGUGGAAUUUUCCAAUGACCGAGGAAUUGGACUUGUGGUAUUUUUCAAGAAAAUGAUCAAUUUGUUAUACUAAAAAUGUUUUUCAUUGUGGAACGCUUACAAAUAUUUCAAUCAAAUGACGAGUAUACAACUGCCCCUUUGUAACAAAUGCACGUUAUAUACUUAUAAAUCAUUGGUAUAAAUACUGUAAAAAUAUAUAAUGGCAUUUUGUUAAAACGCAACAUUGUAUAUUAUACCCUUUACAGCUUGUAGAAAAUUCAAAGAUAAAAGAAUUUUUAAAUCUUGAAAAUAUUUUUAUUUAAAUAAUUCCAUUUUUAUAAAAUUUAAUUUAUAAAUUCCAAAGCUGUUUUACUGAAAGAUUCAGUAAAUUAUAUCUCCAUAUAUUGUUUUUGGAGUUAAAACAUUUUCAAGGUUUAAAAAUUGUUUCUGUCAUUGAAUUUCUGACAGGUUGCGCCAACGUACGUUGCAUUAAAAAUUGAAGUGUCAUUUGGAUCAUCAGUUUAUUGAAACAAACGAUAACGAAUGAAUAAACAAUAAUUUACUACGCUGUGUAUGUGAGUGUAUGAAUCAAUAUGUAUGAGAGAAAGAGAGAGUGAGAAAUUUUUAAAUGGUAAGUUGACAGUGAAAUAACUUACUGAUUUAAUAAUAAUAAUAUUAAAAAAAUAAACAUAAACAUGUCUUUGUGACAUUAUAAUGUCUUAGGUAAAGUAAAUAAAUAAAAUAAGUAAUUAAAGUGAUAAUAUAAAUUAAUACCCGUUCGAGGGGCCAUUCAUUAACACUACCAGUGAAUCUUAGCCUAUAUGAUAGUUUCGAAAAUGCGCUAUAUACGUAAACAUUGUAAUCGCUGAUUAUGUGAUUAUGUUUUCAGUAAUCGAUCAUUUUUAUGCAUCCACCGAUUGUUCUCCAUAAAAAAAUAAAUGAAUAAAUUUAUGAAUGUUUCAAAUGUUGAAUUUGAUUAAAUAAAGAAUUAAUGCAUUAAA